GAAAGGGUGAAGUUGACGACGAAGCAUUGCGAUAAUUGUAACCCUCUCUAAAUUCUCUUCGUCCCCCCAUCCAUCGCUGUUCUCGUCUGGUCAAUUUUGCAGCCGGCGAUCGAAUCGUACGGCGAGCGACUGGGGAGGAGAUGGGGAACGCGAGCGGUCGGGACGGGAUGGAGGAAUCUGACAGCGAUGACCCUUUUGCCAGAUCGAGACCCUACGCCGGUUCGAACUCCAACGACACUCGCUACGUCCGAUCCGCAGACUCGUUUUGGCCGCCGGAGAGGCCCAGCAGGUCCCGAUCACCUCUCAUGUUCGCUCCCCAGGUUCCUGUGCCUCCUCUGCCGGGAGCUUCUGAUCCCCCUCCUAUAUUUGAUCAACGAUGGACGAAUGAACCUGACCAACAGUUUGAUGGACCCCUUGAAAAGGGAAUUCCAACAUUAAUAACUUGGAACCGAGGAGGAAAUACUAUUCUAGUAGAAGGAUCAUGGGACGACUGGACUUCAAGAAAGCCUUUACAGAGAUCUGGCAAGGACCAUGCCAUUUUGUUGGUUCUUCCUUCGGGCGUCUACCAUUACAAGUUCAUCAUUGAUGGACAACCUAGACACAUGCCUGAUCUGCCUUUCGUAACUGAUGAGAUGGGAAACAUCAUUAAUCUCCUUGAUGUCCAUGAUCAUGUUCCUGAAAAUGUUGAAAGCAUUUCUGAAUUUGACUCUCCGCCAUCACCCGUCUCCAGCUACAGCUGGUCACCGCCUGCAGACGAAGACUUUGCAAAGGAACCACCCGCCGUGCCGCCCCACCUGCGUUUAACAGUUCUCGAGACGCAGAACACAGAUGAAGCUUCAUUAACACCUGAGCACGUUGGGCUGAAUCACCUUUGCAUCGAGAAAGGAUCAUCAUCGUCGUCGCAGUCGGUCGUGGGGCUUGGUCUGACACAUCGAUUCCGAUCCAAGUAUGUCACCGUGGUGCUCUACAGACCUGUUCAAAGGUGACAAAUCGCCUACCGCAUCUUAUAUUCGGCUGUUAGUUGCAUUGCAGAAGAGAAGCAUUUUUUUCAAGUUCUGCUAGCUCGAUGGUUUGUUUGUUGUGUUCCUGCACGAGUCUUGCUCCCUCGCGAACUUGAUCAGACGAGCCAGUGUCGAAUGCCACACCCAAUAAUCUUCAAAUUAUCAGUACUUUAUCAUCUUGGUAUUGUUUGUUGCAUUCUGAACCCCCUUAGAAUUAAAUCUGGAACUACAAACUAGUGUUAUGACGAAUUAACUCGUUAACAUCAAUUCAAUCUUCGUAAUUUUGUUAA